AUGACCAUCUCGAACGAUGCCGGUCCGGAUAGAGUGCUUGAUCCCAACUCCUCUGGGAUCAAAGUGAUCGUGGUUGGCCUUGGGAUCGCAGGCUUAAGUGCGGCAAUUGAAUGCCAUCGAAAAGGGCAUUCAGUGCUAGUCCUGGAGCGCAUCCCGGUGGUCCAUCGAUUAGGCAAGUAUAAUCCCCAUGGGGGGGAUGCUAUAUCCAUUGGAGCAAACGCGGCUCGAGUGACAGCACAAUGGGAAAAUGGUACAUUUCAUGAUACUCUCCAGCUACUGCGAGCCCAAGCGGAGAGCAUAGAUAUAAUGGACUAUACCGGGCGCUUCCUCGCCAGGAACGAGUUAGAGGGCUAUACCAAAGCGGCCGGGUAUACGAUCAACCGAGGAGCACUGGUUGCGGCAAUCUACGACCAUUGCCGUGCCCUGGGAAUCACGGUGCGUCUGGGAUGUCUCGUUACCGACUACUGGGAGACCGAGGACGAAGCCGGAGUGAUUGUCGACGGAGAAAGAAUCGAGGGGACUGCGUCCUAUGCGCAGAAGGAGACUGGAUACUCUACGUUUCGCGGCUACAUGAGCACUGAGAAGAUCGCAGAAGACCCUGACACGCAGUGGAUCCUCGAAAACACCGGAGACGCCGAUCGAAGUCGCUGGUGGAUUGGAAACGGGGAUGCCUUUAAUGCCGAGGAUAACUGGUCUGGUACGGUGGAUAAUAUUAAUAAUAUCCUAGAAUGCAUCAAAGAUUGGCCCAUCCGAAAGCGGCUCGAGGCAGUCAUUCACAAGGUUUCACUUGGACAGUUCAUUGAUCAGAAGAUGAUGAGGCGGAAGCCCCUGAAGACAUGGCUCUCUCCCCAGCGACGGAUGAUGUUAAUCGGCGAUGCUGCCCACCCAACACUGCCUUCGAGUGGCCAAGGAGGAAGCCAGGCGAUUGAGGAUGGAGCCGUCGUAGCCAUCACCCUCGAACUGGCCGGGAAAAGGGAUAUACCGUUGGCCCUCCUUGCUGCGGAGAAGAUUCGGCAUCAGCGUGCCUCGCUCGUUCAACUGGGCACAUCCAAGAUCCAGGAUUUUGUGUUCAAAGGAUUCGAUGGGGAGGCAUUACGUAAGGACCCUGGCAUUUUAUCCCCUCCACGACUCAGUUGGAUCUUGGACCACGACUGUCAAGAAUACACGUAUGAUGAGUUUCCCGUUGUGGCAGAUGCAAUCCACAAUGACCUCGAUUACGUCCCUCGCAAUAUUCCUAAGCCCCAUGCAAUUUAA